UUUAAAGCUAGAAUGUGAAAAACUGGCCAGUGAGAAGACGGAGAUGCAGCGACAUUAUGUCAUGUAUUACGAGAUGUCCUAUGGGCUGAACAUAGAGAUGCAUAAACAGGCAGAAAUUGUCAAGAGGCUGAAUGCUAUAUGUGCACAAGUCAUUCCCUUCCUGUCCCAAGAGCACCAGCAACAAGUGGUGCAGGCUGUGGAGCGUGCCAAGCAAGUGACCAUGGCAGAACUGAACGCAAUCAUUGGGGUAUGUGGUCUUUCCAUUUUAGCUCCACAGCAGCAACAACUCCAGGCCCAACAUUUGUCACAUGGACACGGUCUUCCUGUGCCGCUCACUCCACACCCUUCGGGCUUACAGCCUCCAGCCAUCCCACCCAUUGGCAGCAGUGCUGGUCUCCUGGCACUGUCCAGUGCUCUGGGAGGGCAGUCUCACCUCCCAAUUAAAGACGAGAAGAAGCACCAUGAUAAUGAUCACCAAAGAG